ACCCAUCGUACCCUGUUAAAGGGUUGAGACCAUCAUCACUGCGUAAACCAUCAUUUUCGAGUAGUAGCAACAACAGCAUCAACGCUUGUCCACCACCACCGCCAACCCCGCAUUGUGUUUAUAACAUAAGUAACACAAAUCGCACGUUUGACACAACAACAACAAUAACAGGAACAGGAACAACAACAAUAACAUCGACAGCUACUGCAGCAAUUUCUCCAGAAACGGUCAACAAACUUAAUAACAGUAGUAAUUACAACGUCAGCAGUAAUUACAACAACAACAACAGCAAUAGUAAAGCACAGCAAUUUGAUACACUAACAACAUUAACAACAACAACAUCAACUACAACAACAACUGCAACAAGUAAUAAAACUCAGAAAUUUGUAACAACAACCAACUCCCAUAACAAUCAAUUGCAAGUAAAUUACUUUCAAUUUCCGCCCUUAGCGUUGCUUGCAACAUCUUCAACACCUUCAUUACCGACAACAAUAACGGGCGUACCAUUGUUCGCCUCUACCACUGCUGCUGCUGCUGCUGCUGCUGAUACAAAUAUACAAGGUACCGCAUCGGCCAGCAACUCACCGAAGAGUAUUUAUCAAACACACUAUACGCACCAUUACCAUUAUCAACAACAACAGCAAAUACAACAGCAAUUACAUUUACAAUUACAACAACAACUUCAGCAACUACACUCACUGAACACAUCACCAGCCACAGCGAAAAUGGGUCGACGUGAGAUAAAACGUUCAAAUACUAGCGGUUCUACAACGCGUAGUUACGAUAGUGGCAGCGCAACCACAAAUUUUGUUGGCAAGUUUACGCAAAGCGUGCGACGCAUUGUGCAGGACGUCAAAGAUGAAGGAGCACCAAGUGGAAUGAGCCGUGAAGAGGUUAUUGAUACUAACGAGAGACUGAGAGCUUUACGUUUACGAUUAGAGGAGUCUUAUGAUACCGCAAAGCAAGCAUUAAUAACGUUAAUGAAUAAAUACGGAGACUCAAAAAGUCAACGCAAUAUAUUUCAACGUUAUCCGAUGCUUAAAUUAAUGAUAAAGGAUGUCAUACGAUUGGAAACUCAAUAUUGGACUCUAAUAGAUAUACCCCGUCAGGAAAAACAAGAAACGGUGCCGUCGUAUGUUAUGAGGGCUUGUGCAAUUAUGGAAAAAACUCAGAAAUCUGGCGAAGGCGUUAAGACAUCAGCAAAACUAGCCGAAGAAGCGGCUGAGAAGAGAGAACGAAUGGAACGUCUGGAACAUAUGACGACUGCACAAAUCGAACAUGAAAAUACGCAACUGAUAAAUGAUUUAUAUAGACUACUGAAAAAAUAUUUGGGUUUAAGACAUUUAAUACGUGUAUUAAAGGAAGAAUAUGGUAGUUCUAAAAUGUAUCCAAUCUUUCCACGUUACACCAUGCUGAAGGAUAUGAUCAAGGGCAUAAUGCAUGAUCCAGAUUACAUGGAAGUCUGCCAUGAAAUCAAUAACUGACCAACGUAUUAGGCUGGGUCCACAAAACAGAGGCGCACAAAUUAUGCUUAAAAUGCUGUGGAUUCUAGCAAACAA